AUGCACGAGGCGUGCAUCCAAACAGCGUUGUAUUGCCAGAAGGAAGCCUUGUACGCGUUAGCCAGCAGCAAAGGCGUCAUACGCUUUCGCAAGAUGGUAAUUAAUUUCAUUUGCCAGACAACCAGUAAUGCCACAUACAUAAAACGCCACACGUCGAAUGGGCCGUCGCUGGCCACAGUUUCACGGGUCUGUGAAACACCAGGACCACAGCAGUUGUGUUGUCGAUGGCUCGAUGCUGAUUACCAACUGUUAAAUAGUUGUCACGAGUCAUUCGUUUGGCUUCUGGCCGAGGCGUUGUGA